AAGUUGGUUGCAACACGCCAAACCGCCCUAGAGAAGAAGAAGAAGAAGACAUGAGCUAACAUGUGAGCAGUUGCAUAUGUUGUAUUGAUAGGUACGCUGUCUCACACAUGACAAAGAACAAUUAACGUUAUCUUUUAUUUCCCCUGAAGAGAAAGGCUUAGAAAUUAUUAAAGUUACAUCAGUUAUUUACACUCCCGGCCUUCGCAAACAAGCUAACGUCGGCGCUAAAGUUUAGCAUGUCCUCUGUCAGCCACUGUCAACACUGCUAGCUUCAGCAGACAUCAAUAACACAUAAAAGUAGUUUAGUGGAAAAUGUCGGCGUGUAAAAGGUUGCUUUACUUGGUAAAGCACAGAAGCUUAUGGACGCAUGUUCGGAGAAAUGUCACAACAUGGUCUCCUGUUGGUGCUGCUUUUAAUACCAAAACACACAGGAGGUUGAAUCUGUUCGAGAAAAACGAGGGUUUGUUUGGAGUGCCAGAGCUGAGCUGUCCUGCAGGCUUCGAAACUAUCACAAAAAAAGCUCUGAAGAACACAGAGCGUCUGUUGGAAAAGGCUUGUUCUUGUUCGCCAGGGGUUGAGACAGUCGAGUCUUUUGACCAGCUUUCGGAUGGUUUGUGCAAAGUAGCUGAUCUGGCAGACUUUGUAAAAGUAGCACAUCCAGAUCCAGAGUUUCGUGAAGCUGCAGAGAAGACCUGUAUAGAGAUUGGAACAGUUGUGGAGAAGCUGAACACGAAUGUUGAGUUAUGCCAAAGCCUGAAAAAACUUCUGGACAACCCGGAGAUUGUGGCUCAGCUGGACCCUGAUACGAGACGAGUGGCAGAGUUGUUCAUGUUUGACUUUGAAAUCAGUGGAAUUCAUCUGGAUGUCAAACUGAGGAAAAAGGCUGUCGCACUUCAUGUGAAGCUGCUGGAUCUAAACAACGAGUUUCUAGUCGGCUCUCACAUGCCCAACAGAAUUGCGAGGUCUGCGAUUCCGGAGCAUCUGCACCAGCAAUUUGCCAGUGAAGGAAGCUUCAUCCAGAUUGGAGGAUUACAUGCAGAUUCCCCCAAUGACUUGGUGCGAGAAAUUGCCUACAGGAUUUACCUCUAUCCAAAUGCAGAUCUGAUGGAGUGUCUGGAAGAGCUGCUGAAAUGCAGAUACAAACUGGCCAAACUGGUGGGCUAUGAGUCCUACGGACACAGAGCCCUAAAGGGAACCAUGGCCAAAACACCAGAGACGGUGAUGAGCUUUCUUCAGUUGUUAACAGACAAGCUGUCAGACAGAACAGGUAAAGACUUUAAUAUGAUGAGAGACAUGAAGAAAAAGCUCAACCCCCGAAAUUCUGAGCUCAUGCCGUGGGAUCAUCCGUUCCUCAGCGGUGUGUUGCGCGCUGAAAGGUACAACAUAGAGCCCAGUCUGUACAGUCCGUAUUUGUCUCUGGGCACCUGUAUGGAGGGUUUGAACAACCUUUUCUCUCAGCUGUACGGUGUGUCCCUCAUGUCUGAGCACCCCAGCGCUGGCGAGGUCUGGAGCGAGGAUGUCCGCAAACUGGCUGUGGUACAUGAGACAGAGGGACUGCUGGGAUAUAUCUACUGUGACUUUUUCCACCGACCUGACAAACCUCAUCAGGACUGUCACUUCACCAUCCGUGGCGGUCGCUGGUGUCAGGAAACGGGUCAGUACCAGCUCCCAGUUGUGGUACUGAUGCUGAGUCUGCCCCACCCAACCAAGAGCGCCCCCACCCUGCUCACUCCGGGCAUGAUGGAGAACCUCUUCCAUGAGAUGGGACACGCCAUGCACUCCAUGCUGGGACGCACUCGCUACCAGCAUGUGACAGGAACCAGAUGUGCGACUGAUUUUGCUGAAGUUCCCUCCAUCCUCAUGGAGUACUUUGCUACCGACUAUAGAGUCAUCAGCCAGUUUGCACGUCAUUAUGAAACUGGACAGCCUCUGCCUGAGAGUAUGGUGGCUCGCCUGUGUGAGUCGAAGAAGGUGUGUGGAGCUGCAGACACCCAGCUGCAGAUUUUCUACGCUGUCUUGGACCAGAUCUACCAUGGCAAACCUCAGAACCGCUCCACCACCGACAUCCUGAAGGAGAUGCAGCAGAAAUUCUAUGGCUUGCCUUACACGCCCAAUACGGCAUGGCAGCUGAGAUUCAGCCACCUGAUUGGUUAUGGGGCCAAGUACUACUCCUACCUCAUGUCUCGCGCUGUGGCCUCAAUGGUGUGGAAACAAUGCUUCGUUCAGGAUCCUCUUAACAGGGACAUGGGUGAGCGUUACCGUCGGGAGAUGCUGGCCCACGGAGGAGCUAAAGAGCCCAUGCUGAUGGUGGAAGGGAUGCUGCAGAGACAGCCAACCAUUGAGGACUUUGUGGAUGCGCUGGUGUCGGAGCUCAAACCAGACUUUGAGACUUUCAUCAUGGACUCUGAAAGCUGAAAACAGCCUUGAACCUUCACAAGUGAGCACUAACGAUGCUGAGUCAAGAAGUGAAAGACACGACAGCAGACAUUGCACGUAAUGUAAUGACUUAUUUGAUUCAUUUGGCCAGGUUUACUGCUAAUAUUAUGGCAAUAUGUUAAGAAUUAAGCACUUGAUACCAAGCCCUGAAAACCCCUGAUUAUGUCUAUAAACUGAUUGUUGCAUAUUGUGCUAAAUUGCAUCCCAUUCAUAUAUACUACUUCCCCAGUGGUGCCCAUUAAUGGUAUUUAAACUGA